UCGUCAUCGAGAAGCGAAGCUGAAAAGGCGAAAGGGUCUUUUAAAUUAAUCCUGCAUAUUAUUUCCAGAUGACCAUUGCUUUGUGGUCGUAUCAUCAGGUAAAUUACCGGCUUGUAACUUGUACAGGAGAGGAGCAUGCGAUUUUUAAGGUCAGUUAUCAUCAUUGAUUAUGACUGAUGAUGGUUGUAAUAGAUGAAGGAACUGCUACACUUCAGCUUCAGUAAAUAAUGUUUACAGGAACUUAUCAGAGGAUAGGUGAAAAAAUUGCUUUCAUUGGAUCUUGAGGAAACUAUGACAGUAGCAAUUACAAGAGCUGUGAAGUUUGAGAUGUCUUUGACCAGUGCCCCAAGCAGAAUACCAAAUGAGGAACCAGCCACAGAGGCAGUCAUCCAGUGGAGCCUUUAGUUCUUUAAACUGGAGAAACCGUGCCAUCUCACCUGGUCAGCAUAAUGUUAACAUUCUUGAGAUUAGACCGGGAAGGUGGCUUCGCAUUGAGUAUAUCCUUGGGAAGCAUCGCCAGGGCAAUGACCGAAACUCACAAGUUGGAUCAUCUGGGAAACCCAAUGGUGGCCCCAAUACGAGAGAUCUUUCUGCAGGAAGCAUCAUUAUGAACAAUGAAGGUUCAGAACAAGCCUCCAAUACUACCUCUAACAGUCUCCACAGAGAGAAUCUACCCUCAGGAGACAAUGUUCAUACGCAGCAAAACCAACAUUAUUCCAAGUGGUCCAGUCAGGUUUCCCUCAUCUCUCUCAUGGAAGAACCUGGUACUGUGCUCUUCUUUUUUCAUGGGGUUGGAGGAUGUGCAGAAGUAUGGUACCACCAGUUGCGAUACUUUGAGGAGGCUGGCUUUGAGAUGGUAGUGCCUGACAUGCUUGGGCAUGGAUUCAGCAGAGCCCCGAAGGAAAUGGCUGCUUACAAGUUUGAAGAAUUGGCUGAAGAUGUGCUUGCAAUAUUUGAUCGCUAUGCAAAGAAGCGGAAUGUCCUGAUUGGUCAUUCAUAUGGUGGAUCAUUCUGCACCUUGAUUGCCAAGGAGAGGUCAAGAAAGGUUACCAAGGUUGUUUUGAUCAGCAAUGGAGGUCCUAUUCCCCUCUCACCUGAGCCAUGUCAUCUGUUCUGUCUUCCAUCGUGUUGCCUUGCUUGUAUCAAGCCGAUUAUCAAUAGAACAUUUGCAAGACAAGCCUUUCAUACCAAAGAUAAGCGCUCUGCAGUUGACUUGAGAAAUGCCUUUGACAUCCCGGCUUACGUUCUACGUGCCACCAUGCAGGGACAGUACUGGCCUGAAGGAGGGAGUGACUACCAUUCGUCACUCUCAGUGGGUGUCCUUAUCAUCCAUGGACGCCAGGAUGAGCUCGUGCCACAGAAGGAAUCAGUAACUAUGCAAGAGACUAUUUAUGCAUCUCAGUUGGAGGUAGUGGAAUCGGCCGGUCACAUGGUGAUGGUGGAGCAACCACAGAAGGUCAACGAACUCAUCCAUUCAUUCAUUCUGAAAGACAUGACCAUCAGUCUGGCUAUGCAGCAGAGUCAUGUGACCAAACACAUGACCAAUCCACCUGAUGCAGCUGCUUUCCUUCCCUCACCUAUACAAAGACACAAGACGGUGCCAAACUUCUCCAUUACGUCAUGACACACAAGCAGAUCUUGCAAGUAUAUAUUCAUAACACCUAAUUCCC